UAAAACGGUGGCCCCAGCUACAGGUACGAUGGUACAUACCAUGUACGGUAUACAGUAGUGGUACAGGUACCUGGACCAUUCUGAGUCCCCAUUCCCCCCUUCCAUUUUAUGAAGCAUUCCUGCCUAGUAACUACUCAUCGGUUCGAAUUUCAGACAUCUAACAAUCUCUAUUGCUUCAUUUCCCGAGCUUUCCGCAUGUUUCACAUGUGGAGUAUUCUACGUCAUUCUUCUGUAUGUGCUUUGGUUCUGGGGGGAGAAAUUUUUCGACUGUUCCUAGCGGGUGACUAAGGGUACUAGUUGGUACGCUGUACCUGUACUAUUGUUCCCCUUGAUUCCUGCCUGGGAGUACCAUGUACCCGUUCGGUAC